AAUACCAACGCAACGUAUUAGUGUCAAAGGGGAUUCUUUUUGUAUACACAAGUCCUCUAGUGAAGAUCAAUCGCAGGUAUUUCGCUGUUUUGGAACAACAGAACCACUUCCCUUUCAACGAAAUUCAAAUGUGUGUGCAAUCCCUUUAAAUAAAGAUACCACUUCCUGGUGAGGUGAAACACUUGACAACAAAGACCGAGUAACUCUUGAGUUAAUUCACUCUCAUUGACUUGUUCAGGUCAACAAGUUAUUAAAAGGACGAGAUAUCGUUAGCGAUAGUGAGCGAGCAGUUUUUAUCUGGGUUGAGGUUGAUUUGUUUUAAUGUUUAGUUUGUUUUGUUGCGCGUAGGUCCCCCUGUCCGUUACAGAUGGUACGGUCCAGCCCAUCUGUUCUCCUCCUGUGAAAUGCGGACUGAAACAGAUUGUGAGACUCUACGGGUCGCAAUGGCUACUACACCGCAAGGAAAACAAGUUUUGGUGUUCAGUUAAACGAGUUUUUUAUGAGGAGAAAACUUGACGGAUUCGUCUGAACCAUACUUUCUAAUGUGAGACACUCGUUGGACGACGUAAAAAUGUCACAGGGAUGUAUAACUACUGUGGAGGAGAUCCAGUCUUGGUGGGAAGUCCCCGCCAUUGCGCACUUCUGCUCGCUCUUCAGGACGGCUUUUAAUUUACCAGACUUUGAAAUAGAGGAACUCGAGCAAGCACUACUGAAUCAAGAUCAAGACUUCCUCUCAGACCUCCUCUGCUCCCUUCUGCGAGGAUGUUAUCAGCGCAGCGAUAUCACGAUUCAGUCUUUUAGGAGUUACCUGGAAGACAUUAUCAAUUACCGAUGGGAACUGGAAGAAGGCAAGCCAAACCUACUGAAAGAGCAUCCAUUUGAGGAGCUACCAACUCGCACACAGGUGGAGCUCCUGCACAGACUUUGUGAUUAUCGUCUUGAUGCUGCUGAUGUCUUCGAUCGGCUCAAGGGCCUGGAUGCAGACAGUUUACGUGUUGAGCCUUUCGGCCAAGAUGGGACGGGGGCCCUCUACUGGUACUUUUAUGGUACACGGCUGUACAAAGAGGAGCCAACCGAAACAUUGUCUUUUAAAUACAGUGAGACUUAUGACAAAGUGCCUGAGAAAAAAAGAAGAGGGAGGCCACCAAAGAAGAAGCUUGAGGAUAAACUGCCAAUGGAGGAGGAGGAGGAGGAAGAGGAAGAAGAGGGGGAGACGGAAGAGUCCGUGAAGGCAGAUGAGGAGAGCAUUGAGGAGGUCAAACCUAAAAUAGAGCCAAACCGUGGAGCCUGGUCUCUGGUUUGUGACACAGAGGAGCAAUGGGCUAGUCUGGCUGAGAGUAUUAAAGACAAAACCUCACCUCAGGACCGUCACCUGUAUCGCAUCAUAACUCAAAACUUCCUGCCCGAGAUCAGCAACAUGAUCGAGCACAAGGAGAAAGAGAUCAAACACAAGCUUCUGAAUCCACCCAAAGAACGUAAUGGCCACCACUGUGAGCAAAACGACAGCAAUGAAAAUGGGACCAAUGGUACAACUGAGGUGGACCAAAAGCAGAAAGAGGAAGACCUGCAAAGACAAGUGCUUCUCGCUGAGCAGCGCCGUGAAGAAGAGAGACUUCUCAAGGAGGAACGGGAGAGAGAGGAACAGGAGAGAGUUAAAGCAGUAGAGGAGCGUGCACGUAGAAGAAAGCAGCGAGAGGAGAAGGCCUGGUUGCUCUCCCAAGGGAAAGAGCUUCCCGCUGAGUUGCUUAAUCUUGAGACCCACUCACCUGUUCGCAGAUCAUGUCGCACGAAACAGUUUUAUGACAUAGAUGAUGAUUACACCGCUCUCUACAAAGUGUUGGAAGCCCUCAAAGCUCACAAAGAUGCCUGGCCCUUCAUGGAGCCAGUUGAUGAGUCGUAUGCCCCCAACUACCAUGAAAUCAUACAGACUCCAAUGGACCUGUCCACUAUUGAGAGAAAGCUAAAUGAUGGGGAGUACAUGGCCAAGGAAGAGUUUGUGGCUGAUGUAAAGCUGAUGUUUGAGAACUGUCUGGAAUACAAUGGAGAAGAGAGUGAAUACACAAUAAUGGCCGAGUCCUUGGAACGCUGCUUUAGCCGAGCCUUAUUGAAGCAUUUUCCCACUGAGGAUGGCGAUACAGAUGAGGAGUUUCAUGUGGGCAGUGAGGACCGUGACCGUAAAGAGAAGAAAAAGAGCAAAAGCCAUAGACAAUCUGGGCCUGAUAGCUUGAUCAGAGCCACAGAGCAGGCUCAAAAACGAAAAGCUACCAACAAUGGCAAAGGAAACAAUCAGCAUCAAGACAUAUUGACUUCUUCACAACCCCCUUCUUUACACUACAGUAAUGGCCCAUCAUAUCCCCAUAACAUGCACCCAGGACAGCAACAGGCUGGAAUAAUGCAUCCAGCUCAGCAGUUUCACCGGCCUGCAGGUCCUCCAGGACCAGGUAUGUAUCCGCAACGUAUGAUGAUAGACCCUCGAUACCCAUACCCUGGGCAAAGACACCUCAUGCCUAGAUCAUCAGGGGAUCAUGGAAAUCUGCAUAUACCUCACUACAACAUGCAGAAUUCCCACAUAAAUGGCCCCCAAUUUGGGCCCAGAUACCCAGUAGGACCUGAUGGCCGACCUCUUCCACCUCCACAUCAGCAGCAUUCUUAUCCUGGACCCACUCAUGGCCCUUCCCUUGGUCCUAGGCCAGUGGCCCUUCAGCCUGGAGGCCUCUUUGCCCCUCCACCCGAGGGCAACAUGUACCCUUCACGCCAACAAUCAGAUGGGCAACUCAUGCAGGCUGCAGGGAACAGGUACCCUAUGCCUGGUGUCCCAAUGCAUGGUUCUUACCCUCCUUAUGGCCCUCAUGGCAUGAGGAUGCAGAGGAUGUGGCCACCCGUCAACCACCAAGGACAGCAGACAUCUGGUGGCCCAAUGCUGCAAGAACAGGGCAUGACUAACCAGCAUCCAUAUAAUCACGGCAUGAUCCGUCCUCCACACAGUUCUGGUUAUGCAAUGGCGAACAAUCAAUACAGAAUGGCCCCUGUGAAUUCCCAAGGUCCCAUUGGCCAAGGACCACCAGGGGCUCCUCAGGACACAAUGCCACAUUUAGCAUCCAUGCUUGAUAGUCCAGAGAUGAUUGCUCUUCAACAACUCUCUGCUUCAUCUUCCCAUGUUACAAGCUUCCAGCCGACCCCACAGAGUGGUGGUAAUACUUCAGGUGGUGCUGCACUGUCUCCUCCUGAAAACAAGCUUCUCAGACCUAGGGAUGGUGUAUCAGACAUCCAGCACACACCAACAUCCCCCAGAGGUUCAAAUCCAAAACCAGAUGAUAAACUGUCAACUGGAGAGAUGUCUACUCUUAACAGAUCACCACAGGCCAAGGCUUUACUAAAUACAGCUUCAUCAUCAGUGUGCAGCACUGAAUGUUCUGAUCAGAAUGAAGACAAACAAGGGCAACCAAAUUCAGAAAUACCCCACAACAGUGACCAACAUAACUCAAAUCAGCUGGGACAACAGAAGGCUAUGGAGGAUUCUUCAAAGGUUUCCCUUAAUGGUCCUUCCCAGGAAACCUCAGAUGAACCACCCCAGCACCCUUCUCAACAAAUACAUCAAAACGUUCCCCCACAAUUUAUGCAGAAUGGCCUUCAACGACAUGUUCCUCCACACAUGCUACAUAGUCUGGCUUCACAAAUGUCACAAAAUAUGUUUCAGCAAUACCAUCAGAAUGACUCACAACAAGCACUCCACAAUGUAUCUGUAAGAGGCCCUCAGCCAGGACCUCUCCAUGGAAUGCCACAGAUACCAUCUCAGGGUGGGCAACCUGGUGUUCAUCAGCCUGCAACCAUCAGUUCUCUACCUCCCAGCCACCCUGUAUCCCAUCCAAUUGCUCAGCCCUCUCCAGCCGAUCAAGGGGACCAAAGACCUUGUGAGCCAACCAGCAGGAGAUUAUCAGGUGGGAGCACAGCUUCCCAAGAUAGCACCAAUGCUAACAUGAGGACUGAUUCUGCUAACAGCCUUAACAAACAACAGCCCUUCAGUCCAGAGUCACAAACUCAGCUGAGAAGGCAGGGACCAGUACCACUGAACAAUCAGGCACCUCCAAUGCACAAUCAGGCACCUCCAAUGCACUCUCAGGGUCCAGAAACCAACACUAUGGGCCACUAUAGUGCAAAUGAGCCAACACUUCAACAUUUUGGCCCACAGAUGAGUAGACCAUUACAUUCCUCAAAUCAACAGGCUUACGCAAACCAGACUCCACACUAUGCCGCUUAUCAUCAGCAAGGUGUUCCUUACCAGUAUCGCAUGGCCACGCAACAUCCUCAGGAACACCCCAGCAUGUAUCCUCAGUUCCAGCAGCAGCAGUUUUAUCAGCACUCUAGACAUAACAGACCUAGAUUUGCAUCUGAGGAGUGGCCUAGACCUCCAUAUCAACCUCAACAUUCAAUGAUGCCUAAUUCUUUCCCAUCACCAUCAGUUGGCACUGUUAAUGGCCGGCAUAAGGACAACACCAUGUCUCCUCAGGGAUCUGAUGGAUCUGGUAGGAGUUUAAUGUCCCCGAGUCCUUUACCUGAUGGGUCGCUGAGCAGCACAUUGGAAAGAAGAGAACAUGGCAGCCCUGCCAAACAGGCAAGAACUGAGGAGCCUUCUGAACGUGCUGACAGCCCAAAGGAGCUCCUGGACCUGGACAGCCACAAUGCUGCAACCCGACAUCAUACUUCAGCUCAACCACACCCCAGUUUCCCAUAUGGCCCUCGUGCCAUGCAUGCCAGCGUGCAGCAGGGUAGUGCUCCCCAUAUGAUGGCAGGUGGGCCGUAUUCCAACCACCAGUUUCCCAGAGGACACUUUGCCCCACAGCAUCCUCUUCCACAUUUGAUGGAAGCCUUACAGAGGCCCCAGCACCUGCCUUUCUCCCCAGGUCAAACUCGUAUGGCUAUGUACAGGCACCCAAAUGUUGCCGGGCACUUCCAGGGAAUGGUGGUUCCACAAAGGACAGUGGUGGCGGAACACUUAAUUCGCACUGGGCAGCAGAUGUUUGGUACAGCAUCUCCCAAUGGCCCAGGCAAUAAACAAGGAGUGUGAAAAUGUAGAUCUCACUGGAAACUCAAUAAAUACUUGAAUCUCUUCUAUGAUAGUAAAUUAAAUCCUGGAAUAUACAAAAAAAUGGUGAAAUGAUCAAUUGCUGAAAAUGACAACUUACAACACCAAUCAGAGUUCUGCUCCUGAGACAUGCUUCUGAAAUUAAUCAAACUAAUAGCUCCCCAGGCACCUUUGAAAAGUCUUUAGUCCAGUUUUAAAGGGGGAGGUAGUAUGUCUCAGUGCCAAUGAGUUGACCAAGGACCACUGACCAUGGAGGACACGUGAAUCGGUCAGGUCUGUGUAGUGCUCAGAUACAGUUUAAACUGUUAAAACUGUUCUGCAGAUGUUUUCUUGGAUUGGAAUGUCUCUUUGGCCUCAUUCUGUGAAGAAAGUACAUCUAUGAUGCUCUCUUGCAUGGGAAGUUACAAAAAGAGUUAAGAAACUAGAUAUUGGUAAUGAGCAAUUAAACUCAGGUGUAGUAAAAAAGGUACUGAGACUACUUCAAUUGUUUCCAACCCUGUGGACAAACUAGACUCAGUUGCCUUUUAUGUACUUAUUGAAUGUUCCCGUUUCAUGUACUUGUGACUGUGUGAAUGAGUUUAGAUAUAGUAAUGAUGCAACACAAGGAAUAAAAGAUGGAUCCUCUGCUUCACUGGAAACAGCACACUUGGGAGUGUUUUAAAGAGGUGAUGUUCACCUCAACUAAAACACAGUAUCCACUUUAGUUCUGGUGUGAUGCAUCCUUUUAAUGCCACUUCAUCUUUAAAGAUUGUCUUUGAUUUUCAUAGACUGGCAGAAAACUUGGCUGCUCUAUUUUGUUAUGCACUAGGAAUAGUCUUUAAUACUGGAAUUAGUGGCCUUGAAAUAAAAUUAGACAUGUGCUUCUUUGUAUGGGACUACUUAUCUACAACUUCACUCGUCUAUCUCUUGAGAUUUCUCAUGGUCCCUCAUUGAUGUAUCCGGCUAGUUUAUGUAUGCAAAGAAUGAAAAGGAAUCAGGUUUUAGAUUCUUACACAGGCUACUGGUGACCUUUGAGGUUUUUAAGUCUGGUUUAUGCUUUGUCAUCUGCUAUCAUUCAGUAUUUACCAUCAAAGAAAUGUCAUUUUUAUUUUUUUGUUUUUAAUUGUUAAAACAAUUAACAAUUUUUGUUUUUGUUAUAUAGAGAUGCAAUACUAACAAAACAUUGGGUAAGGGCAUGAAUCAGGCUUAAAACCCACUUGUAGAAAUUAAAUUGUUGAAGUACCACUGUAGCUCAUUUAAACGAAUGCGAGUAAUGUGUUGAUGUGCUCAUAUUUUACAUGAAUGCUUCCUCUUUUAAUUCAUUGUACUGAAUAUGUCCUCAGGGUGUAGUGGUUUUAAUACGGGUAUUGUCAAAUGAAUAUUCAGUGAUAAAAAUGACAAUGAAAUGUCUCAAACUGUGAUAAGUGCAUUUGAUUCAUCUGAAUGGUAAAUUAUCUUAAUUUCAUACUUUUUGUGGUCUUUGGUACAGAAAAGUUGGUUAUUCUUCACAUUGCUGUUUGAUUUCAUAUUGCAAAUGCAGGUUUUCAUGGGCAAAGCUAGCCGAAAACAGGUUGGCUUUUAUUUUCAUGGUUCCUACCAUCGUUGUCCUGCACUAAAAUACUUAUUUUGAAUAUCUGCUUUUUAUUACAUUUGAUCUCUCUGGGUUAACUUCAUAUUUUGCUCAUUUUCACGAAGCAUUCAAAAAUAAACUGCUUUUUAUGGGAAUAUGACAAAGAAUCUACCUCAUAAUGGCACAUUAUCCAUUCCCAUUCUGGACAUACACAUUAAGAUUUUCUGUCACUUGUUUAUAUUUGUCAUGUAGAAAAUACCCUUAAUUUUUUCGUACAUUUAUACAGUAUAUUUGAUAGCUUCAUCCUUAAAUCAACACUGUAAGCCUUAAAAUGUCAACCCGCAAUGAUUAUUAUUAAAUUAUUAGUGCCAAGUUUGAACUUUCUUAAAAAUUGCUUCUGUUUUACAACAAUAAGGGAAAUGAAGGCAGCACCUAGAUUUUAAUGUGACAUUAUUCACAUCCUUGCCCUCAUUUUGGAGUUUUGCAGGAUCCGGACUGUAAAGUCAUUAGUGUAAAUGAUAUGACAAUGUUCACAAUACCCUAAAAUGUUUUGUCCCAGAAACCUGUCGCAGUGUAUCCUGACAUGUAACAAAUGUAUUUUAUGAAGUGAAAUGUGAAAAUUGACUUGAGAUGAAAUUGAUGCUGUCCACCCGUUUAGUGUGAAUGUCUUAGCUCACCAGUUUAUUAGGAUCAUUUUGGCAAUAGUAGACCGUUCUGUUGGAGAUUUAAGAUUCACCUGUUCAUAUGUAAAGGGGUUAUUUAGCUGCAGUAGGUUACAAGAUUUUGCUAUGUACAGAUGUGUCUUUUAAUUUUUAUUCUUAUUUUCUUUUGCAUAUUGGUGGCUAACAACAGAUCUGUAUCUCUUGAAAUCUGAUUUUUUUCUGCACUAGUUAAAAUGCUAGUUGGAUAAAUGUGAAUCCUAUUUAUUUGUUCAUAUGUUUUGUACAUUGUUUGUCUUUUUAAUAUAAAUGUGUUCUUUGUUUUUUUUCCCUUUUGUACUUUACCUCAGUAGCAAAAUGGCAUACAAAAGGACACUUGUAACUUUCAUUUUUAUGUAAAGUUUACAUGUUAUCUUACCUGCCUCACAAAUUAUUUUGGAAAUGGGCUUAAGUAUUUUCCUACUGUACAUUUCUUAGAAUAAAAUGUUUCAUUAGA